AUGGCUCCGUAUGAGACUUUGUAUGGACAGAAGUGCCAGUCUCCACUGUAUUGGUACGAAGCCGGUGAAGCAAGUGUGUUAGGGCCUUAUUUGAUAGCAAAGACCACUGAGAAGAUCAAACAGAUUAGAGCUAGAAUCUUGACUGCACAGAGCCGACAGAAAAGUUAUGCGGAUCAAAGAAGGAAACUGUUGGAAUUUGAAGCAGGCGAGCAUGUAUUUCUGAAAGUUACUCCUACAACUGGGAUUGGAAUAGCGAUUAAGAUGAAGAAUUUGAAUCCGAGGUAUAUAGGACCGUUUGAGAUUUUAAGGCAAAUCAGGCCGGUGGCAUAUAAAGUAGCAUUGCCACCGCAUUUGUCUAACUUACAUGACGUAUUCCACGUGUCACAACUCCGUAAGUACACGUCGGAUGCGGCUCAUAUAUUAGAACCCAAAUCGGUUGAGCUAAAGGAGCACUUGACUUUUCAAGUAACAACGGUGCGGAUUGACGACACUAGUGUGAAGAAAUUACGUGGAAAGAAAGUUUUAUUGGUUAAGAUAGCUUGGAAGAGAGCAGGAGUGGAAGAACAUACUUGGAAAUUGGAGUCCAAGAUGCGGAAGGAUUAUCCCGAGCUAUUCUCAGGUAAUCACUAA